ACCUAAACUCCCACGCUUAAGGCCUUUGGGUAUAUGUGUAUAUGUGUGAUGACUGAUGGAUUUCACACUAAUGUUCGUGGUAUCAAUUUCCAAAUCAUUAUGCUGUUGAGAUGCUACCAGUUGUUUUUUUCCACUGACCUUGCACCACUUUCUGUACCACCACAGCUGUUGGAAAUCUUAACCCCUGUUCUGGCAGUCCUGUAUUUGGUCGUCCCAAAGACUCGUCUGGGGCAGAGCAUCGCCUCACCCGUUGUUAAGUACAGCAUGAAGGCCUGGUCCUGGUUCAUAUUCUUGCAAUCCAUGACAUUAAUAGGCGCUCUUGAUCACCCGGUGCUCGUUUCGGUUUCGUUGGUAAUCUACUGUUUCUGGGUGCUCGGUAAGAAAUCAGGUGUAACGAAGUAUAAAAUCUUGAUUUUAGUUACGAUAUUAAAUUUUAUACAACAUUUCAUACAACAUGAUUUUAAUGGAAAUAAUGUUUGAAAUUUGUUCAACUGCCUUUCUUUCUCCACAGUGUUGGUAACAUUGCUACUUUUACCAAGAAAACACUGUUGUCUAAUACGUAAUUGUUUUUCGGACGUACCUUUAAUAACGAUUAUUUUCCUGACAUUUCUGGUACAUUUUCUUACAGCUAUGGUGUGGGAGAAGAUAGAGGAGAUUUGGACCGCUUCAGUGGACGCCUGGAACAAAUGGGACCUGCUGCAGCUCCUGUGUCACGUGGCAGGUAUGGGCUGCCUUGUAGGCGGCCUUGUAGUCCUCAUACUGGACCACGGCCUCGAGUUCCAUCUCAGUGGCGACGAGUUGAACCCGGUCUUCUUCGGUGUGUACCUGCUGGCGAUAGCGGUCAUCGUCAGCUUCGCCCGGUACAUGAGCAUGUUGAUGUUCUCCGAGACUAUCGGUCCGCUCCUGCUGUCCAUGUACAAGAUGGUUGGGGACAUCUUUAAGUUCAUGAUCGUGUUUGUCAUCAUCAUCAUAGGCUUUGGCACUGCUUUUCUGUUCCUGUAUAGUGCACCGAGAGUGUUUUCAGAUUGCCACGUGGAGUAUUACCAAGCUGUCAGCCAAGCUAAUAACACCAACGUCAAUUUUACCUUUGAAGACUUCUGCCACGACUAUGGCGACUUCACACAAUGGGACAAAUCAAUGUUAUACUUGUUCAUGACGCUGUACGGAAAGUUUGAGUUCACUGACUUGGAUGGGACGGCACCAAACGAAGUCCAGUUUCCUGUAUUGUUCAUCUGGCUGAGCAGAAUCCUGUUUAUCAUCUACAUCACAACCUCCAUCAUCAUCCUGCUGAACAUGCUCAUCGCCAUGUUGAGUAACUCCUUCUCUAGUGUCUCGUCUAACGUCGAGGUGGAGUGGCGCUUCGCCCGUUCCCGUGAGAUGUUGAAAUACAUCCCCAAAGGCCGCACGCUGCCGCCUCCCUUCAACCUCAUCCCCAGUCCCAAGUCGGGCUGGUACUUCCUGAAAUGGCUCGUUCUGAUUUGCCGCGGCCAAAAGCUUCAAAAGAAGAACGAGAAGGAGUUCAAGCAUGCUGUCACAAAGUAUAAGGUGACCGUCAAACGGCUGAAGGCACGAUACCUGCUGGCGUACCGUCUUCAUCGGGAUCAGGCUGAAGGGUGACGCUUUAACAGUCAGCAGCGACUAUGACACGGCGUUUAUGAUAAGGAUACAACAUGUACCUACACUUGAUGUUUUGAAUGUAGACCA